AAUUGAGUCCACGUUUAAAGACUUUUAAACACUUUUAUAAACAAAAGUUUUAAUUAAUUUUAAUUGAAUUGCAAUUCAAAAAGUGAUGGAAAAUAUAUUAUCGUUGAAAGGGUUGAGCGAAAGGAUCCGUUCACUCGAUGUCUACCCAAAAGUGUUGGAAGACUUCCGGAUUAAGACAUUCGGCGGCGCGACAGUGACAAUAAUAAGUGGUCUCAUAAUGUCUGUGCUCUUCAUAUCUGAACUCAACUACUAUUUGACGCCCGAAUUGAGAGAAGAGUUAUUAGUGGACGUCUCGAGAGGUGACAAAUUGCGGAUCAAUUUGGAUGUUGUCUUUCCGCACAUUUCGUGCCACUUCUUGGCCAUCGACGCCAUCGACGUGUCCGGCGAACAGCACAUCAAUAUAGAGCACAAUGUCUUCAAACGACGGCUCAGUCUUAAGGGAGAGCCCAUCGAAAAGCCCGAGAAAGACAAUACAAUCGGCUCUUCCAACAGAACUAACAAAGAGUUAGUGAAAGCAGUGACGGAAAGAGUGACCACAACUACGUUAGACCCGAACCGGUGUGAGAGCUGUUACGGCGCUGAGAACGAGCGCCGCAAGUGUUGCAACUCAUGCGAUGACGUGAGGAUGGCUUACAGUGAGAAGGGUUGGGGUCUCAACAAUCUGCAGGACAUCCUUCAGUGCAAACGCGAAGGAAUGAGCGAACGAUUGGACAACUUUGACAAAGAGGGCUGUCAGGUGUUCGGUUACGUCGAGGUGAACCGAGUGGGCGGUAAUCUACACAUAGCGCCCGGCAAGAGCUUCACCAAACACCACAUCCAUGUCCACGACCUGAGUCUCAACGACUUCCAGCGUUUCAAUUUGACGCACAAAAUACGUCACUUGUCUUUCGGGCGGACCGUCGCCGGCAAAACCAAUCCAUUGGACGGAACCGUUCAGAUCGCGGCCGAGGGCUCAAUGAUGUUUCAGUAUUACAUCAAAAUCGUGGCCACAGUUUUCGCCAAAGCGGACGGUCAGACACUGCAGACCAAUCAGUUCGCAGUGACCCGACAUCGGAAGCCCAUUCAGGACACGUUGACUGAGUCGGGAAUGCCGGGCGUGUUCUUCAUCUACGAGUUCGGACCCGUUAUGGUUAAGUACAGCGAAAUCAACCGAUCGUUUAUGCAUUUC